GGCCCCGCUCGGCCAUGGCGAAGCGGGCGGCGGUCCCCGCCGGGCCCCUCGGGGACGAUUUUUCCUUCGUGAGCCCGGUGGCCAAGUACAUGCUUUUCUUCUUCAACCUGCUCUUCUGGAUGAUCUCCAUGGUGAUGGUGGCCGUGGGGCUGUACGCCCGGCUGCUGAAGCACGCAGAGGCAGCCAUGGCGUGCCUGGCAGUGGACCCUGCCAUCCUCCUCAUCGUGGUGGGCGUCCUCACCUUCCUCAUCACCUUCUGCGGCUGCGUGGGCUCCCUGCGGGAGAACAUCUGCCUGCUGCAGGUGUUCUCCGUCUGCCUGACCAUCAUCUUCCUCCUGCAGCUGGCGGCCGGCGUGCUGGGCUUUGUGUUCUCUGAUGAGGCCCGUGGGAAGGUCAGCGAGAUCAUCAACGGGGCCAUCGUGCAUUACCGGGAUGACCUGGACCUGCAGAACCUCAUCGAUUUCGGGCAGAAGGAGUUCAGCUGCUGCGGGGGUGUCUCCUACAAGGACUGGUCCCAGAACAUGUACUUCAACUGCACAGCCACCAACCCCAGCCGCGAGCGCUGCUCCGUGCCCUUCUCCUGCUGCCUGCACGACGCUGACCAGGCUGUCAUCAACACCAUGUGUGGCCACGGGAUGCAGGCCAGGGGCUACCUGGAGGCCAGUGCCUUCAUCCACACCAACGGCUGCAUCGACAAGCUGGUCAACUGGACCCACAGCAACCUCUUCCUGCUGGGGGGCAUCGCCCUGGGGCUGGCCCUGCCCCAGGUGGUGGGCAUCAUCCUGGCGCGGCUCCUCAUCAACCAGAUCCGUGACCAGAUCAAGCUGCAGCUCUACAACCAGCAGCACCGGGCAGACCCCUGGUCCUGAGCCCGCACCCUCCGGGCAGCACGGCGGCGCUCCCGGGGCCAUUCCGAGCCCCGGAUCCGCGGGGACAGCCCGAGGGGCUCCGCUGGACGAGAGGGAAUGCGGAUCCGCGGUGGCCGCACAGGAGACUCCGUGCCUUCGGCAGCCGGUGCUGGGCUCGGCCUGGAGGUGCUGAGCUGAAGCAGCGCCGGGGAAUCGCUGUCUGUCUGUCCGUCUGUCCGUCCAUCCUGCUGGCGCACAAAGCUUCGCACUGGGAAUGUGCUUCCCCUCCCCGCGUGCGCUGGAGAAGGACGUUUGUCUGUCUGUCUGUCUGUCCGUCCGUGCACCGAGCUGCCUUCGCCCAGGCCGGGCUGCGGGGCCGGGGAUGACCCCCCCACCCCGUGUCCGGGUGUCCGUCUCGGUGUCGCUGGCCGCGGGGACAGCCGAGGGCACAGCACGGCCGGCCGAGGGGGCCGAGGGGGUGCCGGGCUGUGCCCAUUGCUUGCCUUUCCCGGACAAUAAACACACGAGGCCAGACGCUCCGGGCUGUGCCGGGCUGCAGGGGCCGGGGACACCGCGGUGGCUCUGGGGACACGCGAGGCCACGCCAGGCCGCGCCGCGGCCCUGUGCUGUUGUGAGACCCCAAAACGAGCGGGGAAAAGCGGCCGAGCGGCCUGGCCCGGCCCCUCGGAGCUGUCGCAAACCCGUGGGUGGAGUUUUUGGGGUUGGGUUUUUAGAGUUUUUUUCUUUUAAUGUUCCCUUCGGCUCGGGCUGGGUGGUCCCUCCCGCGGAGGGAGCCGGGAUGCGGCCCAGGGCCCGGCUCUUUGUGUGCGGCCGGGACGCUUCUCUCCCAUAAAAAACCCUUUUUUUGGCUUUUUUUCCCCCUCAAAACCCGCCUCAUCCCCCCACCGAAAUGGGAUUUCUUCCCCCAAAAGUGAUUGCUUCUCCGAGCAAUGGCACCUCCCCGCAAAAUAAAAAAGUGAUUUUUCUCCC